AAAUUAACUUAAAAAAUUAUUCUUUAUUUCAGAUAUGUGGCUUACUAAACUACGCCCAAUUUUGGGUUAUGGGUUAUAUUCAAGACAAAUCUUAUUAAAAAACCAUGGAACAUUUAACAAGUUCACUGUAUUUCCUGCUGCCAAAUUAGAUCAUCGACGUAAUUAUAAGGAUUUUGGUCAUAGGAGAGAUCCUCCAGAGCAUCCUUUAAAAAAAUGUUACCUUUUGGCAUUUAUAGGCUUUAUAAUCUAUCAAUUUAUCGAUUGGGAAAAAGUUAUUGAGGUGACAUUUCCUCCUGUAGAUGCUGACAGCAAUGUUGAUACUACUGAAAAUCCAGCAGAUGAAAUCCUAGAAGAAGCUGUAGACAAAAAAAAAAAAAAACCUAAGCAAAUAAUUGGAUUUCGAGAUCGAAAGAUUAUAGAAUAUGAAAACAGGAUACGUCACUUUUCAACACCAGACAAGGUUUUUAGAUAUUUUGCUACCCUACAAGUAACACAUAUUAUGCAUGCUAAUGGACAAGAAACCCAUGAAGUGUUUAUGACACCAGAUGACUUCCUUCGCUCUAUGACACCAGGAAUCAAACAACCAGAUGGACUAGGUCUUGAUCAAUAUAAAAAAUAUGACCCAAAAAAUACACACAUGAAAUUAGAAUUGGCACUAAAUGAAGACAGUAUAUUCUACAAACUUGGAAGUUCKGGUCUAAUAACUUUUUCGGAUUAUAUAUUUUUAUUAACUGUACUGUCAACAUCAAAAAGACAUUUUGAAAUUGCAUUCAGAAUGUUUGAUUUAAAUGGCGAUGGUGACGUAGACUGUGAAGAAUUUGAAAAAGUUGCUACCCUAAUCCGACAUCAGACAAGUAUCGGAAGUCGUCAUAGAGAUCAUGCAAAUACUGGCAAUACAUUUAAGGGUGUCAAUUCAGCAUUAACAACUUAUUUUUUUGGUGAAAACCUUGAUGAAAAACUAACUAUAGAGAAAUUCCUCGAUUUUCAACAACAAUUACAGACAGAAAUUUUAGGUUUAGAGUUUCAACGAAAAGGCCCUAGUGAUGAUGGUACCAUAACAGAAGUAGAAUUCACCGAUCUACUUCUAGCAUAUGCUGGAUAUGCACCAAAAAAGAAAGCACGUAUAAUCAAGCGAGUGAAAAAAGUAUUCAAGGACAAUACUCAAGGCAUCAGCGAAGAAGACUAUUUACAUUUUUUUCACUUUUUGAAUAAUAUAAAUGAUGUAGAUACAGCUCUUACUUUUUAUCAUAUUGCAGGAGCAUCAAUUGAUCAAGGUUUAUUUCAUUUAUCAUCAUAAAUAAUUGUUAUAAAAAUAUU